CAAACAUCAAAAAAAUUCUGGAGUUUAAAUCGGACCGGGAUCCUUUUGGUUCCAUGACAUACUGGCAUACUCAUGGCCCCCAAAAAGAAACCAGGGCCACAGUCCUCGAAAAAGAAGUCACCACCUAAGAAGCCUGGAGGUAUCUCUGUGCGGCUUUCUCCAAGAUCCCCACAUAUUAGAAGAAAGUUGCCCAAAAGGUCCCACCCUUUUUCAUCACCCAAGCCAACAGUACCAUCCAAAAAGAAAAGUCCAGAUGUGGAGAAAACACCAAAAACAGAUGUUAAAAGACAGUCAAGUGGUGGCCCAAGCCAGGCUUCUAGUUCAACACCAGUCACCCCAAGGUCAGCUGGGAGAUAUGAGCUGAGAAAUGUAACACCAGCCAGUUAUUCAGCCGUAAGAAGGCGUACAUCAGUGUUUACGCCAGGACGGGCCACUUUAAAAACUCCUUCCAGAACGCCUUUUAGAACACCCAAAAUAAAAUCAUUUGGCGUUAAACCUCCACCUGAUAUUUCUCAAGCUUCUAGAUUACAUAAGGAAGACGCUGCAUUAUGGAAGGAUCAGUUAAAAUUGCUCAUCAACAGGCAGCUCAGUAUAUGCAAUCUGAGCAGUGUACAUAAUUUUAGAUAUAAUUUCAAGAAUCUGCGCAAGCAGUAUGAGGGUACUCUUAAAAGGAUGAUCGAGGAUGUGUUUGCCUCUUAAAUGUUUACUGUAACCUUAUCCCAUUCUUUUUUU